CAACACCCAUCCCUAAUUCGGAGAUCCAGUCAGCUGUGUUUAUAUAUGAUUUUUGCUAAUUUAUAUCCAAGAACAGGAAUUCCUGGAGAGUGGUGAUUUGAUUUCGAAAAGGAUAUAUAUUUACUUUUCUAAGAUGAAUACAAUAGUAAGUGAACUUAGCAUGAACGAUCUCAAUAACAAGUUCUUUGAAAUAAUGCAAAACGAGAAAAAUGCAGAGGAAGCGGCCAGUUUUAUUUUUGAUAGUGUUUUUGACGAUGUUACUUUGGGUUUUAUGUUUGAGUUUCAUCAUGGUCUUAAAACUGGUCUGACAGAUUUAAUUGAGGGAGAAAAAGAGGAAGAUGACAGUUUUAAAAUAGUCAAUUCACCAGAAUGCGAUGUCUUUGGCCUAUCUGUGUUAAAAAAGACCCAAGAUACGAACUGUGUUUGCCCAAACUGCGAAAGACCUGUUUCCGCCACAAGGUUCGCACCUCAUUUAGAAAAAUGCAUGGGAAUGGGUCGCAAUAGUUCUCGUAUUGCAUCACGUCGAAUAGCAUCAAACAGCCGUGAGCCUACGUCGUAUGCUGGACUCCUGAGUGACGAUGAAGAUGACGCGGACUGGGCUGGUGGCUCACUUCACACUGAACGAAGGAAACGCAGGAUCAAGAACAACACUAGUAGAAAACCGACAAAAGUACAGAAAAACAACACCAGUCGUACCAACAAUGGUACCACUAACUCUGAUACUAACGACGGUGGGGCCACCUAUGAAACAAUGUCUGCUAACGAGAAGAAAAAUCUCCUACUUCAGAUAUGCGGUGUUGUUUCCGAACACACCAAAAAACUGUGUACAAGGUCGACACGUUGUCCACAACACACAGAGGAACAACGACGCGCUUUACGCAAUAGCGUUCUGGAACCUUCCACACCGGAAUCUCAAACUAUGGGUUUAACAGCUGAUGAUGCGGGAUCUCCUCCCGACUCCAGCCCAUCCUCCUCUUGUUCCUCAUCCAGUCGCAAACGUGACAGGCACCGCGCGCCGCCCAAACUUAAAGGUAAACGUGAAAGGAAUAUAUCACCUAAUGCCAGGGAUUAAAGUUGACAUUCCUUUGUACAUUGAAAAGGGUGUGUUCAGGUAAAAUGGUAUAUCAUUUUCUUAGUUUAUUCUGAUAUUUCUGGAAUUU